AUGUACCGUUUAUGCAAUGCACAACCCGAUGUUAUGCGUAUUUGGAUGGCCAUUCAGCUUGGGAUUGUUUGCACCGCCAAAGCUGUAUUGACUCGAACCAUACCACAGCUUUUAAGCGACCACAACUCAGCUCCCAUCCCACUACUGGCUGGAGAACUACUUAACCGCGAGCUAUGUGCGGCUUCCCCAAUUUCCCCGACCUCUUUGCUCCAUGCCGGCUCGGGCAAGUCCAAGAGAUCCUUCAGGGACAGCAAGAACAUUACCUCCCGCCGGGAUCGCCGGAAUCAUCUUUGCGGGAACUCUUCUUCUGUUGACGAUUACUGCUGUCGGGCUGCAUUGGAGAAGGCGGAGACAGCGCAUUCGAGCGAGACGAAGGUCGCGAUUCUCUUUCGUCGAGCCGCGUCUGUCGAAUAUGGACACAACGCUGACGCCUUAUCCAAUGCAAGUCGUACCAGCCCCAACUACGAAUUUUCGGCCGCAAAAAUCACCCAUGGCCAUAUAUGCGCCUCCUCCGGUCCAUAUAGCGGGAUCGCGGAACCAGGGGAUGUCUCCGCCUACAAAAGUUGCAUUCACUGA